UACGGUAUUAUUAGAUUAAUCAAUGUAUCUAUCUAAAGAUUAGUAUCUCGUGAUAACCACCACAAAUAUUGAUCAUGUAACAUUUUUCACAUGUUACUCAAGAGUUUAACCGAAUAAUUUCCAUUUGUUUUUUCCCUCUCAACAUAAUAAUAGUGACUAUUGUAAACUGCACAGCGUUUGAGUGCGGGUAAAAAGGAAAUUAGACGGUAUAUAAGUUUUAGCAAUCAUUCAUUACCAGUUCAUUGCCAAAUAACCUUGUGCUCGAUAGAAGUGAUUUAUUUAUAACUUGUGAGAGUUGUUGCAAUUUCAAUAAUGGUGAAAAUGUGGACAAUGAUACCGUGGACUUUGUUUUGUAUUGUGAGCAUGGUUUAUGCGAACGACGCGUUUGAAAGGGCAUUGGAGGAAAGAAACUAUCUUAUACAAAAACAACUCGACACUAUGCUGGGUAGUGACAUCGUCUUGAAUGACAACGAAGAAAAGGCAAACAAAAUAAUAAUGGCGUUAAAGGAAAAAGAAAUCGAUCAUGGCUUUGCGAAGCCCCAAUAUCAUAAUUUCUCGAAACACUUCUUUGAUUAUAAAGACGACGUAAAAAGAUCGGAGCUUUUUAAAAUAAUUCAGAAAAUGCCAAAAGGUGCAAUGCUCCACAUUCAUGACACAGGCGUUUUGGGUCCAGAUUAUGUUGUAUCACUUACAUACUUGGACAAUUUGUUUGUGUGUUUCGAGGGAAAUGGCAUCCAAUUUUUAUUUUCCUUGAAAACACCGACUACUCUAUGUAGUACGGAGUGGGAAUUGAUGAGAGACGCUCGCUAUUCGUCAGGGAAUGUAGAAAAAUUUGACGCUAAACUCAGAAAGUAUUUCACUAUUGUUAUCGAUAAUCCACAUGAAGUUUACACUGAUGUCAACGCUGUUUGGUCUUACUUCCAAAAUUACUUCAUUCAAACUACUGGCUUAUUUACUUACAAACCCGUUUGGGAAAAAUAUUUCUACGAUUCUCUGUUAGCAUUCAGAGACGAUAACAUCAUGUAUGCGGAAGUCAGGAGUGUAUUCCCCGAAUUGUACGAUUUACAUGGAACCGUGUAUGAUAUAAUGGACACGGCUGCUUCUUACAAAAAAGUCAAUGAUCAAUUUAUGAAUGAUUAUCCUGACUUUUUCGGCGCAAAACUGAUUUAUUCUCCUCUGAGACAGGUCAGCAUUGAAACUGUUAAGGAAUACAUCGCUAAUGCGAGGAAACUGAAAGAAAUGUUUCCAGAUUUUAUUGCAGGUUUCGAUUUAGUGGGUCAAGAAGACUUAGGGUCACCAACUAAAGAAUUCUUAAAGGAACUUUCUGAAGCAGGUGACGAUUUAAAUUACUUCUUUCAUUCAGGAGAAACAAACUGGUAUGGAACUACGAGUGAUGAAAAUUUAGUAGAUGCAAUAGUUUUGAACGCUCGGCGUAUAGGACAUGGUUAUGCCAUAAUUAAGCAUCCUCUGCUGAUUGAAGAGAUUAAGAAAAGGAAUAUAGCACUAGAGGUGAAUGUUAUAUCAAACGCCGUCCUAGCAUUAGUGGCAGAUGUUAGGAAUCAUCCUUUGGCUUCGUACCUAGCAAACAAUUUGCCAGUAGUGAUUUCGAGUGACGACCCGGGUGUGUGGGAGUCUGAACAGCUGAGUCAUGAUUUUUAUGUAACUUUCGUAGGUGUAGCUAGCCGUCGCGCCGAUUUGAGAUUGCUUAAAAAAUUGGCUCUCAAUUCUUUGUACUAUAGUGAAUAUUCUAAUAAAGAUGAAAUUGUACACGAAUUCGAAAUCAGAUGGACAAGAUUUAUUAACUCGAUUAUCUAGACUCCAAAGUAAAACUUUUCACUCUGUUGUGCAAUGUCUGUAUGGAACAACCACAUCUAAUUAUAGCAAGAAACUUGUUGCGCUGCGUAUCUUCAUUCUUCAGUAACCUUUUCUAAUUGUCAUCGUACAUUAUAAGUAAAUUAUUUUUGUAUUAAAAUAUAAUAUAUUCUUUGAAUUGAAUUUAAUU